UCGGAGAGGCGCUGUUUACGCCCCGGAACUGCCCUUGCGGAAGGCAAUUAAAAGCGAUACUUCGGGUCAGCCGUUUGCUUUGCGAUUAAUGUUGGUUUUGAAACUUCUGAAAUGCCAAUUUUGGAAGAAACCGAGAGCGGCAGCAGUUUAGUUUUAGGCUUGUAUGGGUUCAUAGUCGCAUCUUUCGCGGCGGCAGUCGUCAUUCACUUCCUGAGAACUAACGCAAGUUUGAAUUUAAACUACUCCAUUUGUACAGAACUGCUGCUGUUAUUUGUCGGUUCACGUCUGUUUUACACUUAUCUACCGCAAUACGCUGGAGUCGUACUUUUCGCUCUGUGUUGUUACCUGGUUUUUCGAUCCAUCCGUUCCAAUGCAAUUCUUUCUCCACAUGGGAAGGCUGUUUUAAUAACAGGUUGUGACUCGGGCUUUGGUCACAGUCUGGCCAAGCGCCUCCAUCUUCUUGGCUUCCAGGUGUUUGCAACGGUGCUUCAUGAAGAGGGAGAUGGAGCGCAGGCUCUCAGGCAUUUUGGUUCUGAUCGACUCUCAGUAAUUCAAAUGGAUGUUACAGACCGGGCCAUGGUCCAAGAAGUUAAGAAAAAAAUUGAAAAGCAGUUGGGAAACAAAGGACUGUACGCUUUAGUUAAUAAUGCAGGCAUCACAACUUGUUUCUGUGAUGCGGAAAUCAUUCCAACAGAUGAUUUUAAGCAAUGCAUGAACGUCAAUUUCCUGGGAGCAGUUGAAGUUACUAAAACAUUUUUACCUUUGAUUCGUCGAGCAAAAGGGAGGAUAAUUAAUCUUUCUAGUCCAUCAGGAGAACUGCCACUUGCAAGAAUAUCAACGUAUGGUACAUCCAAAGCAGCACUGGAAUAUUUUUCAGAUAUUCUGCGCCAAGAGAUGAAACCCUGGGGAGUACAAAUAUCCAUCAUCCAACCCGGUGCUACCAAAACAGGACAAGUUGGGAAUGUUGAAGUCUGGGAGCAACAUUACAGAAAACUUUUGGAGAACCUCUCUCCAGCACUUCUGGAAGACUACGGAGAAGACUAUCUUGCAGAAUUAAAGCAAGCCUUUGUCAAAGUUGGGCCUCUUUUCCGACAGCAUGUAGAGCCAAUAAUUGAAACCAUUGUUACUGCUUUGUUAGUACAACAUCCUAAGCCUAGGUACACCACAGAAUAUAUAAUUGAUGUGCUAAAAAUUAUUUACUAUUUCCUGCCUUCCUUUAUGAGUGAUGGUGUUCUCAGUAAGGUUUUUGUUCCACACAAACUUCUGCCGAAAGGUGUAAGUUCGAGCAACAUCAGCCAGUAGUACUCUAAUUUUGAAAACCUUGUUAUUGUUUUGUUUCAGGCUGCUUAUUAAUUUUCUGUCAUUUUACAUCCAAUAUAGUGUAAGUGUUCAAGUUUAUUAUUGUCUCAGGCAUACAGAAGGUAUUAGUGCCAUGGAAAGUUAGCUUUUCACAGAACGAGAUGAGAAUACACGUAUGAUAAAAUAAACUUAAAUUUACAUAAAUUAUACCCAAGUUACACAUGUGCAAAAUAACUAAAAAAACAAACAAUGGCACGAGUGAGAGGGAGAAAAUAGACGAUAGUCCAAGGUAUUGUUAAGGUUAUAUUGGUCAGUUCAAGACUCUGAUGGCAGUGGGGGAUGACGUUCUUGCUGAACCUUGGCGUGUAGAUCUUCAGGGUCCUAUAUCUUCUACCUUAUGGCAGCAUUGAGAAGAGGACAUGGGUCAAAUAAUUAGACAGAGGCUGCCUUCUGACACGUAGCCUCAUGGCGUUGUUCUCUUUGGUGCAGAGAGCAGAGAGCUGUACCCAUGAUGGAACUGGCUGAGUCCAGCAGUUUUUGUAGCUCCUUGUGUUCCAGUGCACUGGAGCUUCCAAUGACAAACUGUGAUGCAAACGUGUUUGGUGUGCACUGAACAUGAUCAAGAGUAGGGUAUCCCUCUCCCUAAAGUCACUCUGCCAUUGAAUAAGAUCACAGUUGAUAUGAUCAUUACCUCGGCUUCACUUUCAUUUCUCCUCCUCAUAUUCCCUAUGGAACAAAAAUCUGUUUUGCAAAUGAAAGUAGAAGAUAAAUCAAAUGUUCUGCUCUAUCUACGGACACGAACAUUGAAUUGUGAGUGAUGAAAAGGCUUAUGUAGUGACAUUACAGCAUUCAUAGUAGUCAAAAUGGAAUUAAAUGUUGAAUUGUACAAUUGACUGCUCCCAGAGAACUCUUUGUGGCUCGGUUUUAAAAUCAUCCCACUUGCUUGUGGUCCCUUUGCCUGUCAACAAUCUACUCCUGUCAAGCUUUGGACCUUCUGUCUAAUACUAUAAAAUUUUGCCUUGCCCCAAUCUAGCAGUUUAAUCUGUGGGCCAUGUCCGACACUUUCCAUAAUCAAUUUAAAACUAAUAAAACAAUGGUCAGUGAUCACAAAGUGUCACCUCAGUUACUUGUCCCACCCUCUUAACCAAGAGAAGGUCAAGAUUUGCUCUCACCCCAGUUAGGCCUUCUAUACAUUGCCUGAAGAACCUUCCUGAACACCCUUAACAAAUUCCAUCCCACCUUAGCCCUUAGCACUAUGACUGUCUCAGUCCAAAUCAAGAAAGCUAAAAUUCCCUACUAUGCCAACCCUAUUGUUCUUGUAACCUUCUAAAAUCUCCUUGAAUGUUUUUCCCUGAAUUCCACAUUGACUAUUAGAGGGCCUAUAGUACAACCCCUACAAAGUGACCAUCUCCUGCAUACUUCUCAGCUCUACCCAUAAAGGGACAACCCCUCAGUCAUUUCUUCUCAACUACUGCUGCGAAGUUCUCCUUAAUCAGAAAUGCAACUCACUCUCCUCUCUUACUUCCAUACCUUGGGACACUCCUCCCUCCUGUCAAAGAGAUUGGGAUUUUCUGUGGUUCCAUUUUUGGGACUUUCCUUGGGGCUCAGAAGCCAUGAAACUGGGAUUUUCUGCUGGUUCAUGUGGUUAAUAUGUGGGGGUUUUGUAGGGAUCUCUGAUGUCACACAGCUGGGAUUUUCUGAUGUUCGCUUUGGUCUGGGUUGGGAUUUUCUUGGUGAUCCUUGUGGUUCUAAUGUUUGAACAUUACCUGACGUAGCUGAGCAUUAUGUUAAGCAGGAGGACCAGACCCUUAGCCACCCAGCUCAUUUUUUCUCACCACAUAACCCCAGUGGACAGAUGGUAAAAGAAAGUUGAAUUGGACCUUUGGAGGCCCUCGAGAAUUUGUGGAUCUUCACUAUCAAGGGGCUGUCUCAUUUUGCUGUAGAUUCCCCAGUCAUUGCCAAGCCACCACCACUUAAAUGAAGCCAGGUCUUCACCAUGAAGCAAACUUUCUAGCAGGAAUACAGGACACUGGUGAUCUACUGGCAACUACAAGGGCAGUUCUAUGGCAGUAAAUCCAUUUAGCCAUUAAAUAGACAAGAAGAAAUCCAGAAAAUCUAAAUGGCUGAAAACUUUUUCCCCUAACUGAUAUAACUUGAUAUGCUGACUGACCUUGUUUUUUUUCUCCCGCACUUUUAUCCUUGGUUGUUGUUUUGCAUCAAGCAAGUCUUUUAUGUGAGUUUCUCAGCAAAAAUAAAAGUGACAAAAAUGAGCUUGUUUGUUAAUCUUGGGGUUUGCCUUACUUGAAAGCAAAGCUCGGAGACUGCUCUUUCCCGCCACAUUUAAUUAGAAUCAAACUGACAGCAUGUUUAUGAUGUAAAAAUCAUGAAGUACUGUUUUGGAAGAAAAACAGACAAAUCCUCAGACUAAGUACAGAUAGUUGGAGAACCCCCUUGACUCCAUGAGCUUUUUUUGUAUACAUAAUUGAUGCAUAAAAACAGCUUGUCGUCAAUAACAUUUAUGAAACUUAUCAUCUGGAAAUUAUUUAACUUAUUGCUGAUUUAAUAGAGGCAAGAUACAGUCCUUCUGUUCCUUAGCAGAAGAGAACCAGCAAGAGCAGAGAAGUUACCUCUGAUAUUAGGUAGCAUUUUUUCUGGUAAAUACUGCUGCCUUAAUGCAUCAUGGGCCUCUCGCUCCAGACGCAGAUACAGUACCUAAUAGAAAUGAACCUGAGGAGACUUGAAUUCAACAGCAAGAUGAUAAUAGAUGUUUGUCUUCCUGAAGUUUCCUAAAACUAUAGAACAUUAAUGUUGUAUUGCUUGUAGCCAGGAAAACCAAUGUAGCUCUAAACAUUUGUGUUCAGGCUCUUUUUAGCUAAUACUGGAGGUAGAGGAAGGAGAUGGUUUGGUGCCCACUGCUCUCAGAAUCAAGUGUGGUGCACUGUUGUGGAAUUCAAUGGAGCCAACAACUGUAUCAUCAUUAUACUUAACGAACUACGCAACGGAAGGCAAGGGCUGCUGACGUUUCUAGAAGCAGAGGACAAUUUGUUCAUAGGCUUAAUUCUUUGUCUUCUGUGUUUGAAAGAUCUCUUUACUUUAACAAUGUACGACUCCCCUUCUUGUUUUUUUUUACUGUUUUUAAUGGAGGUCGGGUUUGAGGACGUGAUUUUAAGUUCUUUAACUCCACUUGGUUCCAAGUUAGCCCAUUGCUUUGCUUUGCUUUUAGUUAGUUGCACGGUGGGUUUUUUGGGGUUUUUUUUUCCUUUUCUCUAUUGAUAUAUAUAUAUAUAUACAAAAAUUAGUAUACUAUUAUGUUACCUUAGUAUGUUAUGUUUAAAUUACAUUGCUUGUAUCACUUUUUUUUCUGUAUUAAUAUCUCCUGUAAUUUUAUUAUAUUCUAACAGUGUAUUAGUGCCUAUAUGGCUUACCUUUUUGUAUACUUAUUCAAUAAA